GUAACCGUCCCAGCCCCAGCCCCAGCCCCAGCCGCUCAGGAUGAGCCCCAUUGAGACAGUGGAGCUGUGCCCUUAGGAGGCACUUAAACUUAAUGAGUAUUUGGAGGCAACACAUGGGUCUAGCAACAAAGUCCCCGUUGUUGUCUUAGACUUUUGUUAGAGUCAGGCAGGCCUGUCUGCCUAGUGUCCAUGGAUCAGGGGCCAGAUGCUCACCUGCCCCGCCCCUUGCUCCCUGAGAUAGGCUCCCACAUGGGUCUGGGGCAGUGGGGUCCGUCACGCCUCCCCCCCCCCGCCUCUCCCCUGUGCCGCUGGAGAGAAGCCACUCCCCACUCUGGUAAUGCUGCCCUCCCUGAGAACAGGUACAUGUCCUGUGGUUUCCACCAGAAGGCUUCGUAGAGUUGCUCCCAGGACAUGGCCUUAUCCCAUCUUGGGCUCUCCUGUAGUCAUGAUUCCUUUCUGCCUGCACUUAGAGGGAGCAGCUUGUGGCCAGAGCCGGGAGGACAGAGCAAAAACUCUGUCUGAUGUGAAGCGGAUCCUACAGACCCUCGGCUUCCCGUGGCACGUUGUCACCUUGGAAGAGGUGUUUGCCCUGCCGCCGUCCGUGCUGCGCUGCUCUGCCCCGGAGCCGGUGGGUACUGUGGGGACCUACAAGGUGGCUGUGGACAGUUUCCUUCAGCAGCAGCAUACGCUGGAGGCUGAGGGCGUUGGGGACAGCCCCAGCUCAGCCCAGGGGGAGGCGCAGCCGAGCCAGCCCUGCACCCAGGACCCCCAGGACCUGGCUGAGCCACCCCCGGCUGCCCAGACCGAGGCUCUGUCCCGACUGUUUGACUCCGUGAAGACGUUGACGGCCAAAGAGGAGCUUCUGCAGACCCUGCGGACCCACCUGAUCCUGCACGUGGCUCGGACCCAUGGCUACUCCAAGGUGAUGACGGGAGACAGCUGUACCCGCUUGGCCAUCAAACUCAUGACGAGCCUGGCACUGGGGAGAGGGGCCUUUCUCGCCUGGGACACGGGCUUCUCCGACGAGCGGCACGGGGACGUGGUGGUGGUGCGGCCCAUGCGUGAGCACACGCUGAAGGAGGUUGCCUUCUACAACCGCCUGUUUGCCGUUCCCUCUGUCUUCACCCCAGCCAUCGACACCAAGGCCCCCGAAAAGGCCAGCAUCCACCGGCUGAUGGAGGGCUUCCUACUCCGACUGCAGGCCCAGUUCCCCUCCACAGUCAGCACCGUGUACAGGACCAGUGAGAAGCUGGUCAAGGCCCCCAGGGAUGGCUGUGCCUCUGGCCCCCGCUGCCUGCUCUGUAUGUGCUCGCUGGACGUCGACACUGCUGAUAGUGCCACAGCUUUCGGGGCUCAGACCCAGGAUUUCUCCCAGAUGCAGCCCCCCACCCCACUGGCUGAGGCUGGGGCCCCCACCGUGCCUUGCCGUUCUGCAGAGGUGGGCAGGGCCCCGAACUGCUGCCAGGGGACCAGGCCGUGCAGGAGGGAGGACUCCCGAGCCCGUGUCAUCAAGCAGCUGUGCUACGGCUGCCGCGUGAAUAUGAAGGAUGUGCCCUCCUUGGACCCCCUGCCACCUUACAUCUUGGCCGAGGCCCAGCUCCGCAGCCAAAGGCUCUCGCCAGAGAUCCAGGAGUAUCUGCUGGAGAACAGUGACGACAAGGCGCACACCAGCGGGAGCGGAGCCUGGGGCCCCCCAGAGCAGGAGGGCAAGGAUGGGCAGACAGUCUGUGAUUGUAUAAAUAAAAACAUUUUUAAUUAGAAAA